CUGGCGACCAAGUUGGAUGCUUUGUUCGUAGAUGGCGCCACCGACAUAAUCUCAUUCUGGGAAGAUCUGACGAGUCCAAUGGGCGGCCGGCCGAAGGUGUCCGAAAUCGACGCGAGGCAAGGCACGGCAAAGGAUCGGGCACGGAGACGCGAGCGAGGGACGUGGAAUGAUUUUCGGGAUCGAUCGACCGAGUUUUCCAUGGUUUUACGCGUCCCGCCGGUCGGUGAGUCGCGUACAUCGGUGAGCCGUUUUCCGGUGGAACGUUUCAGGGUGUUCCGGUGACCGGGUGCCGCGUGCUUUCCCGAUUAUACCCGUGAAACGCGGGGCGGCUGACACAUCGGGCCGACAGCCAGCCAGGCGGUAGCCAGAGAGAGGGUCGGUCAGCCGAGCCGACUUGCAGGCGUAUCGACAGUGUGCGCUCGAGCACACCGACGAAAUACCACAUAACGACAUCACGUACGGGUUACCGUUCAUUCAAGAAUGUUUUAAUUACGAGACUCGGCCAUACCAUCCAACGACCGAGUGCAACACCAUCGGAGGAUACCCAGGACAAAAUUCUAAUUGCUCGACACAAGCCGAGACAUGCUCAAAUUCAUCAGAGGCAAGGGCCAACAACCCACUGCCGAACGUCAGAAACUGCAGAAGGACCUUUUUGCCUUCCGCAAGACCGUUCAACAUGGAUUCCCUAACAAGCCGACUGCUUUGGCCUGGGACUCGAGUCUGCGAUUGAUGAUCAUCGGUACGGCUUCUGGGGCGAUCAAAGUAUUUGGCAGGCCAGGAGUCGAGUUCUACGGUCAACAUGCCACGGAGAGCGGAGAGAACGCGGUCACGAAAAUCGUCGCCCUGCCGAACGAGGGCCGCGUGGUUUCGCUUUGCGACGACAACUCUCUGCACCUCUGGGAGAUCAACGAGAGCUCGGUGGUCGAGACCAAGUCCUUGUCGUUGGAAGGGAAGCUGAAGAAGAUCUCGGCGAUGUGCUUGGAGUCCACCGGGGAGCACCUGCUUCUGGGCACCGAGGGCGGGAACAUUUAUCUCCUCGACCUGAAGACCUUCGCCAUGUCGGACAACAUCAUCUACCAAGACGUGGUCAUGCAGAACGUCCCCGACGACUACAAGAAGAACCCCGGAGCCGUGGAGGCGAUAGCCGAGCAACCCGGCCACCCGGAUAACAUUCUGAUCGGCUACAACCGCGGGUUGAUGGUACUUUGGAACAAGGCUACCCCCGGUGCUCAACAGCUGAUGGGUUUGUUUUCGCGUACGCAGAGAUUCGUCUAUCCCCAACAAUUGGAAUCGGUGCACUGGGUCUCGGACACCCGGUUCGUGUCCUCGCAUAACGACGGCUCCUACGCUUUUUGGAGCCCGGGAAGCGACGCCCAGCCAGUGCCGACCACCCCGAACGGUCCGUAUCCGUGCAAAGCGGUCACCAAGAUCCUCGUCCAUCCCUUCGGAGAUGACGACGAGGAGAUCGUCCUCUUCGCCGGGGGCAUGCCGCGGGCCAGCUACGGCGACCGCCACACGAUCACGGCCAUGAGUCCGAACAAGAAUGUGGUUUUCGACUUUACGUCGAAAGUCAUCGACUUUUUCACGAUAAUGCCGAAGCAAGAGGAGGGCAAGGAGGCGUCGAAUAUCCCGGAGGCUCUGGUCGUUCUGGCCGAGGAGGAGCUCGUCGCGAUCGACCUGACCAAUACGGACUGGAAGAUGAUGGCGCUGCCCUAUCUGGUCUCCCUGCACGCCAGCGCGGUCACCUGUUCCCAACACGUGCCCAACGUCCCGGAGGAGCUGUGGGAGACGAUCGUCUCCGCCGGGAAGGCUCAAACCGAGCACCUGUAUUCGGACAAGGCCUGGCCCAUCGACGGCGGGAUGAUCCUCUGCCACAAGCCGGCCAAUCCCGAUAAACUGCCCCGGGAGCUGCUGUUGACCGGCCACGAGGACGGUACCGUGCGAUUCUGGAACGCCUCGGACGUCGCCCUCACGCCCCUCUACAAGUACAACUCCUCCGUCCUGUUCACCGGAGAGCAUCUGGACGUUCUGGAGCAGCCUCCCGAGGACGAGGAGGACGAGUGGCCGCCGUUCAGGAAAGUCGGGACCUUCGACCCGUACUCGGACGACCCCCGACUGGCCGUGAAGAAGGUCCUACUGUGUCCGAUCUCGGCGACCCUGGUCAUCGCCGGGACCGCCGGGCACGUCAUAACGGCGACCGUCUCCUCCGAGCCCGUCAACAAGGAGAUCAAGGCCGUGUCCAUGAACAUCGUCAACGACCGCGACGGUUUCGUCUGGAAGGGGCACGACCAGCUACCCGCCAGGACUACCAGUAUCUCCUUCGCCGUCGGCUUUCAGCCCUCCAGCUUGCUUCAGCUACAUCCCCCGGCCGCCAUCACGGCCUUGGCCAUUCACAGCGAGUGGGGACUCUUGGCUGCCGGCACAGCGCACGGGCUGGCUGUCUUCGACUUCACCAGGGUGAAACCCGUCAGCGUCAAGUGCACGCUCAAUCCCAACGAUCUGUCCGGCGCCGGCGAUACUCCGAUAUCCCGGAGGAAAUCGUUUAAGAAGUCCCUUAGGGAGUCCUUCCGCCGAUUGAGGAAAGGCCGCUCGCAGCGACGAACGAAUGCCAGCAGUCCCACGAGAAAUCCCGUGCCCGAGAAAAAGAAGGAAACGCCGAGCGUGGCGUCUUCUCCGAGCGUCGACCUUUCCCCCGUCGAAUUGAAGCCCGUGGAGAGACAGGUAGAAGCGAGGCCGGUGGACGACGCCCUGGGCUCGAUGGUCCGGUGUUUAUACUUUGCGAGGAGCUACAUAAUCAGCAUGCAAAAUACGACGCCGACGCUUUGGGCGGGCACGAACAACGGGACGGUCUACGUUUUCACCCUGGCCAUCCCCGAGGGAGUGAGGCGCACCGAGAAGGACGUGAAUUGUACUCUGGGGAAGGAGAUCCAGCUGAAGCAUCGCGCCCCGGUCAUCGCGAUAACCAUUCUGGACGGGUCCAGUAUUCCCCUGCCGGAGCCUUUCGAGGCCGAAAAGGGCGUCUGUCCAGGCCCGGACAUGGCCUCGCCGCACAGAGUGGCCAUCGCCAGCGAGGAGCAGUUCAAGAUAUUCAACCUUCCUUCGUUGAAGCCCUUCUGCAAGUACAAGCUUACCGCCCACGAGGGCUCCAGGGUCAGGAAGACCGGCUUCGCAAAAUUCACCUGCAGGGUCGAGCCAGCAGGAACGCACGAGGAGACCUGCCUUCUGUGUUUGACCAAUCUAGGGGACUGCCUCAUCCUGAGCGUUCCAGAGCUCAGAAGGCAACUCAACGCCGCUGCUAUUAAAAGAGAGGACAUCAACGGCAUCUCGUCAUUGACCUUCACGAGAUCGGGCGAAGCACUGUACUUGCACUCCAGCUCGGAACUCCAGCGGAUCUCUCUCUCGGCGACCAAGGUGACGAAGGCACACUGCGCCCUGAAUUUGCCUCCGAACGCCAGAACUGCCGUAGAAGUUGCCGCGGAACCCGCCUCCGAGGAGGCGCAACAGGAGGUCACCGUGGAAGGAAGAGCCGACGCCGACGGCGAGACGCAGGGAAGUCAACCGGUACCGGCGCCUAGAACGAUUACCGAAAAUGGCCUGGUGGGCUCGACUGGUGGCGAAGAGUCCCCGAAAGAGCCUUCCCUGAGGCCUGCGACGAGUACCUCGGAGGUGAACGGAGACGACGAUCGCCAAGAUCUGAGCUCUAUCGGCGACAUCACUAUCGACAGCGUCAAGGAUCAUCUACUGAACAGUUCGCUUUUUAGAACCGCGACUUCCUCCGAGGAACUGCACGGUCGCCUAGCGGGUCUGAAAAUGGAGGUGACCUCCCGCACCUCGGAGAUCUCGACGCAGAAUCAGUCCCUGGUCGUGAAGACCACGACCAUAAUCUCGCAGACACCCGGCAACGGAGCCACGACCAACGGCGAGGUGGAGAACGCCGUGACGAGCGAAGAGCAGCAAGUCAACAGCACAACGGUAGAGAGAGAGAUUCGCAGCGGCACCGAGACCACCACGACACACGCGACCAUCACGUUGCCCCCGAAUGUCGAGAUUAGUGCGGCUGACCUGGCGAAUCUGGAGGUGACCACGACCAUGGUGACCACCGAGAAGUCGAAGGCGCCGCUGGCCAGGCCCGAAGAAGUCGGAUCUUAGGGCUCCGAACGGGAGCACCAGGAGUCCUCGGAGACCCCUAGACCCAAGGGCCCGAUCGGAGGGCGAAGAACGUACACCCGGCCCUACUUAACAGCGACAUCGGGAAGCGUGUACACAGCGGCGGUAGUUAGAAUUUCUAUAUCCGUAGAUUUUUUAAAGUCUAGAUUUCUACGCGACCCUAGGCAUUAAGGACGACAUUGGCACGGUCUUCCGAGCUCUCGGGAACACCGCGGAUUACCGUGUGGCGAUUAGAUUUUAAUAACGGAGGUGGAACGAUGGGAGGUUCCCGAAGUAUAGGGAAGACCUGGAACGCCGUACCCGUGGAAUGGAUGCAUUUCUGGUUUUUCCUGUUUUACUCUUGUUUUUAUUUUUAUUUUUUUUCCCCCUUUUCUUUAUCCUCCCGACAGUAUUGCAAACGCGAAUGCAGCUCUAAAGAUUCGUCGAGGGACGAUUCGUUUUUUACUCGUUACGAGCGCGUUAAUUACCGCGUGAUCAUUCGAGGGGUGGUGUACCGAUGUUACAGGAGAGUACCGACGAAUCGUGUCGAGUUCUCGUCCCGCUCGACGGUGGGUUUUAACGAAUUUUUUUUUUCUAUAACGCUUAGGUACGUAAUUCAGGGUCUCGUUGCGAGGUUUUCGGUAUCCUUUCGCGUACGAGUAAAUGACAAAUCGUCAGCGUACGACGUAUUUCUACGGAUUAAAUUUGAACGGCGUCGAUUAGCUCUCGUCCGAUCAUCCAGUAUUUCGCACGUUACGAGUCGAACGCUAGGAAAAGAGUGGAAGAGAGAAGGAAAGUCUCUACUUAAGCGAACGAGCUCCGAUGCGAGUCUCGAGAGCGCAUCGGAUUCAUUUUCUCGAUCGUAACUAUUAUUUCUUUCCUCUUUUCUUGCGCCUUCGUUUACGAUUGCGGUUGAGCUUAAGUUGUACGUAUACGUGUCUAGUAUUCGUUAACGUUGUUACUACGCUAAGCCUACGGUCGCUUAGGUACAUUCUACUCGUUUAGGUAAUCUUGGUGGAGGACAAUUUGCGGUAUAUAUGAUUUCUACUCUUGAGUUUUCUCGGAGCGUCGACGCGGGCAUUUCUCGUCCGCAUAUCGAGUACCCAAUUUUGGGUCUACGUUCGGCAGCGCUUCGGACACCUAUUGCACCUCUGAUCUCAGUAGAACUCCUUUUCGAGCCGAUAUGACUCGACGCAGGGCCUGAAACACCUUUUCGAAUUAGCGGAUCGUCGUAGUUGCGGAGAAGGAAGCUUCGGAGAGCUUUUGCACGCGAGCUCGUACGGAACGCGCCUUCUCCGAGCACGGAUCACCGAUACUCACGAGUUACGACCGAAUGGACUUUAUGCAUUUUCUACCCGUCGUCUUAGUAUGUACGAAUGAUUAUCGACUACGAUUAUACAAUAUACCUGUUAAUAAGAUUAACGUUUGGGGCCUUUGUAGAUAGAUUUUAUUCCGCAGAACGUUCAUAAUUAUUAUGAAUUUUUACCAGAGUGGCUGACCGACUCGUAUGGCAGAGCUCGUAGCGUGUUACUAAUUUUAACGCUAAGCCUAACGAUCGUGCCCAUCGGAAAUCGUCCCAUUUCCCCCGUAAGAUUAAUCGAUUGCGUUUGAUAAGCCCGUCACUUUAAUACCACUGCCCGUUAAAAUGGCCAACGAUGGCAAAAACCUCUGCGUCGGUACGGACGGCAAGCCGGUUACUAUUUCUUUCGAUUUGUCUCUUAUCGUAUGACGACCUAGGAACGUUUAUUUAAAGCCUUAUUGCUUCGAAGAAUAAGACUCGUGCACGUAUUAUGUAUUCCAUGCGAUACUGCCCAAGGGACAGAACGAUUUUCAACGCAUUUAGAUGAGUAAGGAACGCCUUGGUUCCGAGGUUUUUAAAUUUCAUUGCCGUAUCCGGCAUUUUGUACACGAUACCUAUUGUAACAUCACUUAUUUUAUCAUUAAACUUUUAUUUCCAAAA